AAAAAACUACCUUUGUGGCAUUAGUAUGUGUUUGUUUUAGACAUUAGUCUUUGAAAACUCUUUCUUUUAUUUUCUAUUUAAUUUACUCUGAGAUUCUUUUUACUGUCCUGUAGGGAAAAGGCAGAUUGCAUCACGAAGCUAGUUGAUGACAUAUUUCCUAAGUCGCUUCAAGUUAUUUCACCUUUCCCGGAAAGCUUAGUGGGUAUGAACUCUCAGGUUAAGAAAGUAACCUCAUUAUUAGAUAUCGAAUCAAAUGAUGUUCGCUCUAUCGGGAUUUGGGGUAUGGGCGGCAUAGGCAAGACAAAAAUUGUGAGAGUUCUAUAUCAAAGAUACCGUCAUCGAUUUGAAGCUGCUUGUUUUCUUGAUGUUGGAACAAAUGGACUAACAUGGCUUGUACAAGUUGUCAUUUGCAAGCUCCUGGGUGAAGAUAUGACUCUAACUAGCAAACACGAUGGGGUGAUAAUUUUAGAGAAUAGGCUUCGUUGGAAGAAAGUUCUGUUCAUUCUCGAUGAUGUAAAUCAUCGAGAACAACUGGAAUUUUUGGUUAGAGGGAUAGAGUGGUUUGGUAGCGGUAGCAAAAUUAUUUUAACAGCAAGAGACAAGCACCUAUUGACUAGUCUUGUUGGGGAUAAUGUGCAUGAAGUCCAAUUAUUAACUGAGGAUGAAGCUCUUGAAUUGUUCAGUGGGCAUGCUUUUAGAGAAAAAUCACCAAAGAAAGAUUUUAUGGAACUUUCAAGAGAAGUGGUGGAGUAUGCUGGUGGACUCCCUUUAGCUCUUCAAGUUUUGGGUUCUUCUUUUUACAGACACAACAAAGAGCAGUCGAGAGACAUGAUUAUUCGUCUGAAGAGAAUCUCUCCUAAUGAUAUUCUAGGAAAGCUUAGGCUUAGUUUUGAUAGACUGGACAAAGAUGAGAAGGAAAUAUUUCUAGAUAUUGCAUUUCUAGUUAUUACAGCCAUUAAUAUAUAUAAUUUUAAUCUUUAUGUGGAACUAGUACUUGAGACUCGUGGUUUUAAACUGAUAAGAGAUUACCUUAUCGAUAAAUCUCUGCUAUCAAUCAACAUACAUAAUAGAAUCGUGAUGCAUAAUAUGAUAAGAGAUAUGGGUGCAAAUGUCAUAAGGGAAGAGUACGUUAACAGCAGAAUAUGGCUUCUUGAGGUGGUUCGUGACCAUUUUAAAGGAAAGUUGAUAAGCAAUGUUUAACGUAAUUUGUAAUCUCAUAAGCUCUUAGUUUUGUUUAUUUUUUUUUAUUUCAUUUUUAUUCCUUAGCAAUUAAAUAUAUUUUUCAUUCUUUAUAGAUAACAGAAAAGGUGGAAAGCCUAUGUAUCCCAAAGGCUACAAUUUUGAAGAUGAUCCUGUUAAUUAUAGCAAUGUUUUCAAGAGGAUGCAAAGCUUACAAGUACUCAUAAUUCAUGAUGAACUUUUAGCUCGGACUGCGCUAUCACCUAUCUACCUUCCAGUUUGUUGUUUAUUGAGUGGCAGGGGUAUCCUUCAAUUUCAUUGCCAGAGAGCUUUGAACCAUCACAGCUCGUUGUGCUUUGUUUAAAAAGAAGUCGUCUUGUUGAACUUUGGCCAAUAUCAAAGGUAUACUUGUGCACUCUCUCUUUCUUUUCCCAAUUAAAUCUUCAAAAUAUUUAGGUGUAAAUGGAACUAAAACUACAAGUUUUUGCAUGGAGUGUCCUUCCCAAUUAAUCACUCCGUUUGUUUAUUAUGCAAGGUUAUUCACAUUUUUGCCCUAUCGAAAUGGUAAUCUAUCCCUUUCUCUCAAUCAACUUUCUAUUCACAAUUAAAUCUUCAAAUUAUGUAGGUGGAAUCGAACUAAGUUGACAUUCGCGAUCUAAAUGAAGUACUUUAUCACAGAGAAUUGUUAAGAAACGUUUUUC